AUGGACAUUUUUGGAGGUGCGCCGCGUGUUCUGGGCUACUCACGGCCUGUUCUAGCCCCGUGUGGCACCGACGCCACCUUACGUUGCCAAAUUGGCGGAGACCCUCGACCAGACGUGGUUUGGGAGCGAAAAAAUGUUCAGAUUUUGUCAGAGGGCCGGUACAAGCUUUCAGAAGACGGCAAGGCGUACCUUCUCACCAUAGCUUCGGUGACCUCAGACGAUGCAGGCCAGUACAUCUGCAAAGCCAAAAACAGUGUGGGCGAAACAUACGCAGCCGCGACGUUGAAAGUAGAAGAACAACAGCCAGACAAACAGAUAAACGGCAAUUUGAAGCAAGUGAAUGGGCAUGAGAAGCUGCACAAUGGGGAAUGCGGGACAGAGAAUGGAAGGUUGGCGAACGGAGAGGAAAAGUCAAACGGGUUGACAGAAAAAACAGAUGAAGAAGAGUUGAGUUCGGACCGUCCGCGAUUCCUCAUCAAACCCUUGUCGUUGCGAGUGGAUCGAGGAGAAGACGCGGCCUUCUCCUGUAAGAUCUGGGGGAAUCCGAUGCCCGAAGUCGAGUGGCAAAAAGAUGGUAAAAAGCUCGACGAUAUCUUUGAGAACUCUCAUUUUAGCGCCAACAGCCAAGACGGUGGUUGGUUCCAGCUGAAGAUCUACCGAACGAGAAUGCCGGACAAAGGGGUGUACACGUGCAAGGCCGUCAACUGUAAUGGCGAGGAGCUGGCGGGCGCCGUUCUCCUCGUUGAGCCAGUUCCAGAGAGAGAAGAAAGCAAGAGGUCAUCGAGUGGGCGCACCAACAGCCAACAAUCACCCAAGCUACGAGGCGGGAGGCUGGGGAUACUCAGGAACAAAGAUGAACCCUCGGUAAACCCGUCCAAAGUGAAGAAGUUUGCGGUGGCGGAGGGGAAACAUGCCAAGUUCCGCUGCUUGGUGACGGGAAAGCCCAAACCGGAGAUUGUGUGGAAGAAGGACGGGGUCUCGCUGGAGCCCGGCAGGAGGCACCUGAUGUUUGAGGACCGCGAGGGAUAUUACACACUGAAGGUUCUGUACGGCAAGAGGGAGGACACGGGCUUGUACGUGUGCGCCGCUUCCAACGCACUGGGGAACACGCUCAGUGCCGUGCAUCUGAGUGUCAAAGGCCCAUCCGUGCGGUUCCGGCGGCAACUCAAAGACGUGGAGGUGGCGGAGAACGACGUGGCCGUGCUGGAGUGCGAGGUGCCCGACGAGUCCCUGCCCGCCGCCUGGUACCUGGAGGACCAGAGGCUCAUGCCCAACCAGAAGUACGGCAUGGAGCAGAGGGGAACGCGGCGCCGCCUCACCAUCCGGGACGUGGGCACCGACGAUGACGGCGUUUACCUGUGCGAGAUGCCAGAUGGAGCCAAGAGCAUCGCCGAGCUCUCUGUCAAAGGCCCCAUCGUGCGGAAACUCCCCCGUAAGAUGGAGGUGCUGGAGGGGGAGAACGCGGCCUUCUGUGUGGAGGUGGACCAGGACGAGAUGGAGGUGCACUGGUUCAAAGACGGACUGCGGCAGCACGAGUCGCACCACACCAUCCUCAAGUCCUUCGGCAAGACGCACAUCCUGGUCUUCGUCAACGUGGCCCACCAUGACUCCGGAGUGGUGACCUUUGUAGCCGGCAGGUCCACCACCACCUCACGGCUAAGAGUCAAAGCCACCAGACACCUCCCGCCCGUCUGUCCGGUCGACAUCCGAAUGGACGACGAGCGGCCGAACAGUGCGCUGCUGAGCUGGAGUCCGGCCGCCCACAGCCAGAGCAGCACCCGGUCGGUUUUUGUGGUGGAGCGGAGGGAGGUGGGGGCGCAGGAGUGGCACCGGUGCUUCAGCUCCGAGACCGCCACCUCGGCCGACGUGAGCGGCGACAGCGUGCCCGAGGAGGGGGACUACCGCUUCCGGGUCUGCUGCAUCAACAAGUACGGGCGCAGCGGCCACGUGGAGUUCCCCCGCGCUGUGCACCUGGUCCUGGGUCCAAAGAUCUGCACGCCUCUGCGAUGGUGCGAGGUGGUGGAGGGGGAGGAGGCGCGCUUCACCCUGGAGCUGUCGGCGUCCAUGGUGGGCACCUGGUUCCUGAACAGUUCCCAGCUUCAACACGGGGGGCGCUACACCGUGACACACUCGCAGACCUCCCACAGCCUCCUCAUCCAGGAGACGCAGGCGGCCGACGACGGAGCAGAGGUCACCUUCAUCGCCAACGGGGUCCGAGACUCGGCGGCUCUCAGGGUCAAACCCGCCGUGUUCACCUUUAACCCUCUGUCCCCGUCGGACGCCACUAAGACGGUGGAGGAGGGCGCGGCCAUCGUGCUGUACUGCGAAGUGUCCCACCCCUUCGCCCCCGUGUCCUGGAGCAAAGACGGAGAGGAGCUGAGCGUACGCGACGGCCUGAACCUCCAGGCGGACGGGCUCAUGCGGAGGCUGGUGCUGCUCCAGGCCGGACCGGAGCACGCUGGGGAGUACUCCUGCCAGACCCAGCACCACGCCGUCAGCUUCAGGGUGGAGGUCACGGGUCCUCCGGUGGUGUUCCGGUCCGUGCCUGAGGAGGAGCAGCACAAGAGCAGUUUGGAGCUGGACCCCGUGGUUCUGCUGUGCCACGUCUCCAGAGAGGACGCCGCUGUGACCUGGUCCAAGGACGGCUGUGAGCUCCAGGCCGGGGAGAACGUCACGCUGCAGGCAGAGGGCACCAUGAGGAGGCUGAUCAUCCGCUCGGCUCUGGCCUCAGACGCCGGAGUCUACGUCUGCAGAGCUGGAGACAACAGCCAGGAGUUCACCGUCAGUGUCAGAGAGCCUCCGGUGAUGAUCGUGGAGCCCAAAGAUGACAUGGUGGUGGACGCGUACGUGUCGGAGGACGUGCUGCUGCAGUGUGAGCUGUCCCGCUCUGCAGGCCGGGUCCGCUGGUCCAAAGACGGACAGGACGUGGAGGAGGAGGGGCCCCAACAGGACCUGGAGCAGGAGGGGCCCCGUGUGAAGCUGACGGCUGAGGGCCCCUACAGGAGCCUGAGCAUCCACAACUGCACCGUAGAGGACAGCGGCGAGUACGUGUGCGAGACCGACGGAGACUCGCUCUUCUUCCAGCUCAACGUCACAGAGCCGCCGGUCCGCUUCAUCUUCCCCACGGAGCCGGAGUUGGAGCUGACUCACACGGCCUCGGAGAGACUGGAGCUGAGAUGUGAGGUGUCCCAAGCUGAGGCCCCCGUGCUCUGGUUCAAGGACGGCCUGGAGGUGGAGGAGGGCCCCAACCUGCAGCUGGAGGUGGAGCAGGCCACACGCAGACUGGUCAUCCCCGUCCCCACACCGCAGGACAACGGGGAGUAUGUGUGUGACACCGAGGACGACUCCGUGGCCUUUUUACUCACGGUCACAGAACCGGCCGUCUCGCUCCGUCGCCCGCAGCACCUGCAGGAAAACCUGAAGUGUCUCGCGGACGUCCCCCUGGUCCUAGAGAGCGAGGUGUCCCGGACCAGUGCCCGGGUCACAUGGUGUCUGGACGGAGAGCCGAUAGAACCCAACCCCAACGUGAGCAUCAGCGAGGACGGACUCACCCGGCGCCUGACCGUCCACUGUCCCUCCACGUCUGACUCGGGGACAUACACCUGCGGCGCCGGGGACGACCACAUCCACUUCCACGUCCAGGUCACAGAACCUCCGGUCAGCAUCGUCCGGAAGCAGGAAGUGAACACGGCCGUGGCUGCGACCGUGGGGGACGACGUGGUUCUGGAGUGCGAGGUGUCGAGGCCCGACGCCGUGACCAAGUGGUUCAGGGACGGCGAGCGGGUGGAGAGCGGCGAGCGGGUGUGUGUGGAGGAGGAGGGGCCGUUCCGCUCGCUGGUCCUGCUCUGUGCCGAGGUCCAGGACAGCGCAGAGUACUUCCUGGACGCUGGAGACGACGGGAUCAGCUUCCAGGUCACGGUCCGAGAGCCUCCGGUCCGCAUCGUUGGAAACUCGUCUGACGUGGAUUAUCAGGAGAUGGUGGCGGGAGACGAGCUGAUCUUGGCCUGUGAGGUUUCUCGGGUCGACGCUCCGGUCCGAUGGUUCUGGAACGACCGGCCGCUGCUCCCGGACUCCCGGGUCGUCAUCCAGAGCUCGGGAACGCUACACAAACUCAUCAUCUCCGACAUACAAACUUCCCACUCCGGACAGUACGUGUGCGACGCCCUGGACGACAGGAUGGUCAGCGUGGUGCGGGUGCAAGAAUCUCCCGUCACCUUCAUAAACAAACAGGAGGACUUGGUUCUGGUCGGGUUCGAGGCCGAGAGCCUGGACCUGACCUGCUACGUGUCCAGGGAGAGCGCGGCGGUGCGGUGGCUGAAGGACUGGACCCCGGUGGAGGGCGAGCGCUUCAGGUCCGUGAUGGAGGGACAUAAGCGCACUCUGACCCUGCAGCCCCUGAGGAGGUCCGACGCCGGGGAGUACACGUGUGACGCGCACACCGACCAGUGCCACUUCAGCCUGCUCGUCAAAGAGAUGCGAGUGAAGUUCACCGAGCCGCUCCAGGACACGGUGGCCCGCGCGGACGGCAUGGUGACCCUGCGUUGCCAGGUUGGGAAGGCCAAGGCGGACGUCCAGUGGCUGCGGGGCGGGCAGGAGAUCACACCCAGCCGCAGGUACACCAUCCGGGCCGAGGGGCAGGAGCGCAGCCUCACCAUACACCGUCUGACCAGAGACGACGCCGGGGAGUACGCCUGCGAAUCCAAGGAUGACCGCACCGCCGCCCUGCUGGUGGUGGAGAUGCCUCGUGUGGUGGAGUUCCUCACCGAGCUCCACAACACCACGGUGCUGGAAGGGGAAGACGCCACGUUCAAGUGCGUGGUCUCCCCUGAGGACGUGAGCCUGCGCUGGCUGAUGGACAGCGUGGCGGUGGCGGUGGCGGUGGACGGGCGCAUCACGGUCCUGCACAACGGUCUGUGCCACACGCUGGUCAUCCACAAGUGCACCAUGACCGACUGCGCUCGCAUCACCGCCGAGGCCGAGGGGCAGGUCAGCAAGGCCAGCCUCCGAGUGCAAGAGGCUCAGAUCACCUUCACCAAGAGGAUGGAGUCGGUGAUGGCGGAGGAGAUGGAGGACGCCACGCUGCAGACGGAGGUGAGCCUGGACUCGGGGGAGGUGCAGUGGAUGAGGCAGGGCGUGGUGAUCCAGGCCGGGCCGCACUACUCCCUCACCCACGAGGGCCGCACCCGCCGCCUCACCCUCCACAACCUCACCCUCAACGACCGCGGGACGUACCGCUGCGAGAGCCUCCACGACCGCACCCAGGUCAAGCUGCACGUGGAGCCUCGAAAGAUCAGCGUCCGCAGUGCGCUGCUGGACCAGGAGGCGUUCGAGCGAGAGGCCGCCUCCUUCCAGCUGGAGCUGUCCCACACCGACGUGGAGGGCUCCUGGCAGAAGGACGGCAUCCGGGUCAAACCCAGCGCCCAGGUCCGGGUGAGCCGCAACGGGCGAGUGCACAGUCUGACCCUGUCCGGCCUCACUCUGGAGGACACUGGCACCAUCGUGUUCACCGCAGACGGUCUGCGCACCUCCGCCAGGCUCACGGUCAAAGGCCUGCGCAGUAACCAUGGCAACUCUGCACGGGACUUCCACAUCUUUGUUCUGCAGCAGAAACAGACCCCCAGGGGAUCACUCCUUCAUGUGAUUUGUAUUUCAGUGUCCACGUCACCUCUGCGAGUUCUGAAGUCCAAGAAAGUCCUCAGACUAAAGAGGAUCCAGAGGAACAGCGGAUCAAACGGGAGGAGGAGCAACUUACUGUCCGUCGGACCAGUAACGUCUCUUCUGUCUUCACACAAAGACGUGAGCACAGAGCGAAAACACAGGGAGAGGAGACGAGCUCGGAGACGGAGGGAGACACUGAGCACUCCUCUGACGAUGAGGACGAAGAAGAGGCACAUCUUCAUCAUCCUCAGCCUCUGUCUUCAGGCACAGAUGAAGGGGACGAUCAUCAACGAGUCCAAAUCAGAGCUGCUCAAAACAUGA